AAAUAGCUUCAUGAAGCAAUUACAAAAAGAUGGUCAAUCAACUGGAAGGUCCAUGUUGAUUGGCAGGUGCUCAAAAACCAUAAAAAAUGAUCAUCAUGUCACUUUCAAUAGCACAAAAUAAUAUUGUCACUCCUACACUAGCUGUAUAAUUGUAAACUAUAUUAAGAUAUAAAUUAAUGCUUUAAGUAUUAAUUAAUUAAUAAUAAUGUUACAUUUCCAGAGGGACAAGUAGAUGUAUAUAGAAACUAACAAGCAAUAUAAUACAAGCAGCUUGUAAGCCUCUUCAGGACAAACUCUAUCUUGUUUCCACACCAUUAUACCAGUAAUCACCAGCAAGUAUACUUGUCUUCCAAGGCUGCGUUUUGUCUUCACCCCUAGACACCACCUCUAGUGCUUUGAGCCCCUCAUUAUUAUUUAUGCUUGUUCUUGCUCGAUCACCUUUUAUUUAUUCCAAUAAUUAGCUCUAAAAUGAUCUUGAAAUGUUUUUGCUGUGUCUACCGAGAAGUCGAAGAAGAACCGAAGAUCAGUAAAAAAAAUAGUAGCAGGGAAUAUCCAUGGGAAAUCUACACUCUCAAGGAGAUUCUUCAUGCCACAAACAACUUUCAUGAUGAUAACAAGAUUGGAGAAGGUGGAUUUGGAAGCGUAUACUGGGGUCAAACAAGUACUGGAACUGAGAUAGCAGUUAAACGACUGAAGGCUAUGAGCUCAAAGGCAGAGAUUGAAUUCGCGGUGGAAGUUGAGAUGCUUGGUAGGGUGAGGCACAAGAACUUGUUAGGUUUGAGGGGGUUUUAUGCAGGAGGAAACGAAAGGUUAAUAGUCUAUGAUUACAUGCCUAAUCAUAGCUUGAUAGCCCAUCUGCAUGGCCAAGUCGCUGAGGAUUGCUUACUAGAUUGGAACCGGAGGAUGAACAUAAUAAUAGGAUCAGCCGAGGGAAUAGCGUACUUGCACCAUGAGGCCAAUCCUCAUAUAAUACAUAGGGAUAUAAAGGCAAGUAAUGUUCUUCUAGAUGUUGAAUUUCAACCAAAAGUAGCAGAUUUUGGUUUUGCAAAGCUGAUACCAGAAGGGGUUAGUCACUUGACCACCAGGGUAAAGGGAACUCUAGGAUAUUUGGCUCCUGAAUAUGCGAUGUGGGGGAAAGUUUCGGAGAGUUGUGAUGUUUAUAGCUUUGGAAUUUUACUCUUAGAGAUCAUUAGUGCUAAAAAACCAUUAGAGAAGCUCCCGGGAGGGGUUAAGCGUGACAUUGUUCAAUGGGCAACACCAUAUGUUCAAAAGGGUGCCUUCGAUCAUAUUGCCGACCCUAGGUUGAAGGGAAGAUAUGACCGAGCACAGCUUAACCUAGCAAUCAUGAUCGCGAUGCGAUGCUCCGAUACCAAUGCGGAGAAUCGGCCUAGCAUGAUGAAGGUGGUGGAAUGGCUCAAUGGUGGUCUAGGGAGGACGAAAGAGGUGUCGGAUGUGGAAGACAUGGUUGAUGAAGAUGAAUAUGAAGAAGAAAAACUCUGAUGCCAUGGAUUAUGAUGGGUAUAAUUAAUGGCAUGGAAAAAUUCAUAGAGAGAAGGACAUGGCAACAUAGGAAAUGACGUGAAUUAAUGUUAAUUUUAUUUCGGAAUUUUAAGUAUUCAUGUUUUCGUUAUUUUUCAAGUCAUGUAAAUAAAACGUUUGAAUCACAAUAUAGGAUCAUCCAAUUCCUUUUGCCUUAUAA